ACCUCCAGACGGUUCUGUUUUGUAGGGCAAAAAUGAACGUCGGCGUUGCGCACAGCGAGGUGAACCCAAACACGCGGGUGAUGAACAGCCGAGGAAUGUGGCUGACAUACGCGCUCGGGGUCGGCGUGCUGCACAUUGUCUUGCUCAGCGUCCCUUUCUUUAGUGUCCCUGUUGCAUGGACUUUAACGAAUGUGAUUCACAAUCUGGGAAUGUAUGUGUUUUUGCAUGCAGUUAAGGGAACACCUUUUGAAACACCUGAUCAGGGGAAAGCUAGGCUACUGACACACUGGGAGCAACUGGAUUAUGGAGUACAAUUUACAUCUUCGAGAAAAUUCUUCACAAUCUCUCCUAUAAUACUGUACUUCCUGGCAAGUUUCUACACAAAGUAUGACCCGACACACUUCAUCCUCAACACAGCCUCUCUCCUGACAGUGCUCAUCCCCAAGCUGCCGCAGUUGCAUGGUGUCAGAGUCUUUGGCAUUAAUAAAUACUGAGCAGAAGGUGUGACAACGACCAACCCCACCGUGGCUGCUGCUUCUCCUCCGGAGAAGGAAACGAGUAGUCUGCUGUGCCGGUUAUCUAAUUAUACUCAGCGAGAGAUGCUUUUACAUCUGAGAUCCAGUUACUACUUCUUGCGAUGUUGUCUGGAAUGAAAGUUGAGCUUAUAAAAAGAUUCCUCCAACUCCUUAAACAUGAACUGGAAACCUCUAGAAGAAAGAUUUCCAUGAGGAACUGGGUAGGCCCAGCUCUGUAGCACAGUCAACACUAACACAGUACAUAUGUCUGGCUGAUGCAAGUGGCUGGUAAAGAAGGUAUGAGUAACUGUUGAAAUGGAGAGCAAUGUUUCACAGCCACCCAAUCAACCACAGUGUACAAAUGGUAACUUAAUAUUUAAAUCCAGAAUCCUUAGUUUAAAGGACUGGUGAGGCUGCCUUCUUGGAUUACGUGAAAGUAGCUGGUUACUGCUUUUUGGAUUGUAAAUGGUUUUGUUUUGUUAUUGCAUGAUAAAAGUUUGUCUCAGUAAAUAUUGUGACAGCUAGUAUAACCUGAUGGUAUAAAUCAAUGCCUUAUUUGUUCCUGUGA